UGAAUUUUCUUUGGAAAAUACAAAAAGUGGAGAAAUUAUUUUAAUGAAAAAUAUAAAGGAUGUGAGUGUUGAGGAUGAAGUCAAGUGUUAUUCAUUAACAAGAUGUCAAUUAAAUAUGGAGGAGGGAGUUAUUCGAAAUUAUUUUUCAAAGCUUUUUGAUACUAGAUUUGAAAGUUUACCUUUAAUUCGGAUACAUUAA